UCUGGCGCGCGCCACUGAUAGUGCCAGGGCUCCAUGGAGGAGAGAGAGUGAGUGCUGUCCUUUAAACAUCUCAAUCACCUGCAAUCUUUUCAUCCUGCAACUUCAUCUCAUCGCAUUGCUACAAAUUCAUGUCGUGAAGCUCUACAUGACUGCCUGCUAUCCUCAGGUGUACCACUCCGUGUUCGUGCCGUGCCGUGAGAUGACCGAAGUGAUGAUCAGCAGCACUCCAAUGGAGGACAUACGGCUCAGCCCAAGCAAAGACCGCCUCACUUUCCAGAUCUUUCCGGAUCCUUCGGACUUCGAGCGCUGCUGCAAGCUGAAGGACCGCCUUCCAUCCAUCGUGGUGGAGGCGACCGAGGGCGAGGUGGAGAGCGGAGAGCUGCGCUGGCCUCCCGAGGAGUUCCUGAUCAGCCAGGGUGAGGAAGAUGAAGAGGAAGAUGAGGAGGAGGAGGAGGAAGAGAUUGACGGGAACAUACAACAGGGACAGCAAACGCAAAGAAAGGACUGAUGCAUUCAUUUCAGAGUCCUUCAGUGAGAAGGGGACGAAGAGGAGGAAAGUGACGAGAUGCUGAAACCGAUCUCGAAACUGAUCUCACACCUGGUGCUAAAUUAAAGCUUUACGAAUAUUGGCCCACUGAUUAUCCAUACCUUCACAUCAUGCACUCUCGCAUUCACUUAGUCAAAUAAUCUCACAUUGAGUUCCUUUUAAGCCUCAACACAAGCCAGCAUCGUCACCCGUCAUAACGCAUUCUCGUCUCUCACUCGCUCUCACACUCCUUGUUCUCGCACACACACUUUCCCUCACACAUAAAUAUCCAUAUAUAAUUAUGCAUAUGCUCAAGAGUGACUGAGAAGGACUUUGGUUCCUGGACUUUUUUUUUCGACAAGGGCAAGAUCCCUCAUGAAGAACUUACAGAUGAUCGUACAGAGCCAGUGUUUCCUUUUUUUUUUUCCCCUUGGAUAAUAAUCAUAAAUGUAUUGAUUUUGGAGGGUAGUAAUGUUAGGUGACUGUACAGGGUUAAACAGCACUGGCGUUUGGACUGUUCACUUUUCACUGCUUGAAGAAUUCUUUUCCAAAAUGCAGCGAUAAUAAUUUUCGAGCCGAGCCGAAGGUUAUAACACAGCGAAAUGGAGCCAUGAGGCUUAUUUAGCACUGAAGCUAUAAACUAUGAAGGAUGUUAUUGCUAAUUCUGGUUUAGCGUAGUCACUUUUUUUUUUUUCCCUCAGAACAAUUUUCCAUUUAAUACUGUAUGUAAAUAAUUUUUGUACGCGGAAGUAGUCAUUUUCACUGUGAAUAUCUGCAUGUAGUUGUCUGUCUUUGUACAUAGAUGGGUUUCUUUUCAGCUAGCUAAUGAUAGGCGCUCAGUGGGAGUUAACAAAAUUGCAAAUCAAAUAGAAUGAUUUAAUGCUAAUCACAUUCUUCUUUUUCCUUCUGUUUAGACAUCAUUCAUUACUUUGAGAGUAAAAAAUUCAUAUUUGGAUUCAGAAUGUGAUUGAAAUAAUCCUCUUUCCUCAGUGGAAAGGUUACAGAAGGUCACCUUGGCACUGAGAGCACCUUUGUAUAUUGACAUAAUGUCUAGCCUUUAUUUUCAUUUUUGGUCUGUUUCUUGUCUACUUCCUGGCUAUGUAUAAAGGCUUUGGUCUCAGUCUAGGUGUGUGUAUGCGGGUGUUAUGAGGGUCAAGCGUGUUAAGUAAGUGUAAGGGUCCUCUGUGUGAACUGCCUGUAGAUUUGCUCUGUAUUUUGUGUACAGCUCAGGGAGAAUAGCUGCCAUUUUGUCUUGGUUUUGAUUUUUCCCCUCUUUACCAUUUUUGUUGUAAAUAAACAUUUGGAACAUA